UGCCUGGGUCACCAUGGCCCGCUCCUGAGCUAAAAUCGGCGCAGGAAGGGAGGCAAGGAACUUCCUCCUUCUCCGCCUGCCUCUGUCACUUCCGGGAGUCGCCGGGAGCCCAGCCCGGGUCCGCCUUCUCUCCUCCCUCCCGCCGCCUAGGCAGCGCGCAAGGGAGAGGCUGCCGCCGCCACUGCUGCAUUCCCCUCCUUCCUCCCAAGCCGUCAUGUCAUUCCGGAAGGUUGUGCGCCAGAGCAAAUUCCGCCAUGUCUUUGGGCAGCCCGUCAAGAAUGACCAGUGCUACGAUGACAUCCGGGUGUCACGGGUCACUUGGGACAGCACCUUUUGUGCUGUCAACCCCAAGUUUGUGGCUGUGAUCGUAGAGGCCAGUGGAGGAGGGGCUUUCAUGGUGCUCCCACUACCCAAGACAGGGCGCAUUGAUAAGUCCUACCCUACAGUGUGUGGACACACAGGACCUGUUUUGGACAUUGACUGGUGCCCGCACAACGAUCACAUCGUUGCUAGUGGCUCUGAGGAUUGCACUGUUAUGGUAUGGCAGAUCCCAGAGAAUGGAUUGACGCUGCCUCUGACUGAGCCAGUCGUUGUCCUAGAAGGGCAUUCCAAGCGUGUGGGUAUCAUCACUUGGCAUCCAACUGCCCGCAACGUCCUCCUCAGUGCAGGCUGUGAUAAUGUGAUUAUUGUGUGGAAUGUGGGCACAACUGAAGAGCUUUACCGUCUUGACGACCUGCAUCCUGACCUCAUUUAUAAUGUCUGUUGGAACCGUGACGGCAGCCUCUUCUGCUCAGCCUGCAAGGAUAAGAGCGUGCGCAUCAUUGACCCCCGCCGUGGGCAGGUUGUCGCGGAGAAAGAGAAAGCCCAUGAGGGUGCACGUCCCAUGCGGGCCAUCUUCUUGGCUGAUGGGAAGUUCUUUACAACAGGCUUCAGCCGUAUGAGUGAACGGCAGCUGGCGCUCUGGGACCCGGAGAAUCUGGAGGAGCCCAUGGCAUUGCAGGAGCUGGACUCAAGCAAUGGGGCCCUUCUGCCCUUUUAUGACCCUGACACCAACGUUGUCUAUGUCUGUGGCAAGGGAGACUCGAGCAUCCGGUACUUUGAGAUCACAGCAGAAGCUCCCUACAUCCACUUUCUGAACACAUUUACUAGCAAAGAACCACAGCGUGGCAUGGGGUGGAUGACCAAGCGGGGGCUGGAUGUCAACAAGUGUGAAAUUGCCAGGUUUUAUAAACUCCACGAGCGCAAAUGUGAGCCCAUUAUCAUGACCGUGCCAAGGAAGUCAGAUUUGUUCCAAGAUGACUUGUACCCAGACACGGCUGGGCCGGAAGCUGCCAUGGAGGCAGAGGAUUGGGUGGCAGGAAAGACGGCAGCACCCAUCCUGAUCUCGCUGCGUGAAGCCUAUGUGCCCACCAAGCAGCGUGACUUCAAAGUCAGCCGGAGGAGUUUGUUGCAAGAGAGCCGCCCUGCUGUUGCCCCCAGCAGCGGGCUGAGUGCCACACACCCCAGUGCCAUGUCUCAGUCUGCUGCCACCCCUGCCAUUAGCAUCAGUGCUGCCACUGGGGAAGGUGGACAGAUUAUUGAAGAAGUGCUGCGUGAGGUGGCGUCACUGCGAGCACUUGUGGCUGCUCAAGGUGAGCGCAUUGUGCGGCUAGAGGAGCAGCUGAGCCGCCUUGAGAACGGCGAUGUCUAGCAGGGGGGGCUUACCCCAUUGAGGAGACCUCACCAACAUGGAUCUUCUUAAAUGCUUCACCCUUUUUACACUGCCUCAUCCUGCCCUGUGGCGUGAGACAGGGACUUGCCCCCUCUUGCUGCUACUGGGAAUAUUUCUUGGGUUUUGUCUUGGACCAAAUCUCCUCUUCCUCCCACACCCCAUAUAAUCCUAGGGGCGAUGUGCUGGUCUCCCCACAUCUGUCCCUUUGCUUUAUUCUGGUCUGUGUCCCUCUGACGCUAUCUGCAUUCCCAUGGCUGGGGUUGGCCUGUAUGUCCCCCUGUGGGGAUCAGGACUGGCUAACUGCUCAGUCUGACAUACCCAUGCGUUCCACUGGAGAGAAGGCUGGGAUUCCCCUUCCCAAUCUCUUGUGGCAGGUAGAUUUGUGGUUUAUUAGAAGCCAGUGCCUCCUAUGGCCCACGCCUCUUCUCUCCAUUUUCCCUGCUAGCGCCACUGAGAUCCUGUUGAGGAUUCUUCUGCUUCCUUGCCUGGAUUUUUUUUCUUUUUGCAAAGAGACCAUGCAGGAGACCAGUGGGGCCUGACUAUGAAAGAAUCUGCCAUCCAGUCACAGUCCCCAAGUCUGUUGUCUCUGGGAGCGCUCCUCUCUCUCUCUCUCUCUAGCCCACAUAAGCAAAGCAGGUUCUGAUUACUUAUGUGAGGGGGGAGGGGAAAGAAAUUAUUCAGGGUCAAUAAUCUAUAUUUUCAUUCCAAAUAAAAGUCUUUAUAAAGCCA